AUGACGCUCCGCCCGAUCAUCAUCCUCCUCCUCGCACUGCUCGCGGCGGCCGCCGCCCAGGACGGCCCCCUCCCGCCCUCCGCCGCGGACGACGUGCCCGAUGCCGUCGUACCGGACCCGCGCCCGACCAUCCUCGGCCUCUUGGCGUCUGACCCUGACCAGUUCAGCGUGCUCGCCCUCGCGGCCCUCGCCGUGCCUGACCUGACGGAAGCGCUCGGCGACCCCAACCGCAGGCUCACCGUCUUCGCCCCGACGAACGCCGCCUUCGCCGCCCUCACCAACAAGCUCUCCCCGGGCGCGGGCGUCGACGCCGCGGAUCCGGAAGGCAUCCUCUUCGCCCUGAUGGGCGCCUUACCUGGCCCGCUUCCGGGCCGCAGCCCGGGGGAAGUUCUCACCACCAUCCUCUCAUACCACCUGCUCGCGUUCGCGGCACCCUUCCAGGAGCUGGAGAAUGACGGCACGGCAGAGACGGUGCAGGGCACCUUGCUCCGCUUCCGCGAUGGGCGCGUGGUUGACCGCGACCCCAGCCGGAGGAACCCGCGCCCCGACCCGCGCAAUGUGUUCACGCAGAAUGGCUGGGUGCACGUCAUCGACACUGUCUUGCUGCCGUUCAACCUAGAAACCGCGCUUGCCCCGCUCACCCCGGACGGCCCCGACCCCAUCCCCAUCGAGGAGGCAGAAGAUGUGCCCGACGCCAUUUUGCUGGACCCGCGACCCACCAUUCUGGGGUUUGUUGAGUCCCGGCCGGACUCGUUUGGGAUUCUUGCACGCGCCGUCGGUACCGUCGAUUCGCUCGUGAAGGCGCUGGACGACCCUAACAGUAGGUUCACUGUCUUCGCGCCGACGGACGAGGCUUUUACCGCGCUGGCGAACCAGCUCGUACCAGGCGCGGACUUGAACCCCGCGGAUAAGGACGCCGUCGUGGAAGCGCUGGUGUCGGCCAUCGCGCCACUCGCCGACGUCGAGGCCGCGGCAAACUCCACCAUCGAGUCCAUCCUCGGCUAUCAUGCGCUCCCCUUUGCUGCGCCUUUCCAGGAGUUAGAAGACAUGAGUAGCGCGGAGACAGUGCAGGGAGACGCGCUCAGGUUCGCGGACGGCCUUGUCAUCGACGCCGACGAGUCGCGGGAGAACCCUGUUGCUGACCCGCGCAACUUCUUCCCGCAGAACGGAUGGGUGCAUGUCAUCGACUUGGUGCUGCUUCCGUUCGAUCUAGACGCCGUCUUGGGUCCUUCCGAGCCGGAAAUGCCGGAGGAGGGGCAGCCCAUCGAUAUCUCGGAGGCCGAGGAUGUGCCAGACGCGACAAUUCCGGACCCGCGCCCGACUAUUUUAGGACUUGUGCAAUCGGACCCGGAACAGUUUGGUAUUCUUGGUCGUGCCGUCGGCACCGUGGACUCGCUUGUCGAGGUGCUGGGUAACCCUGGGAGCAGGCUGACUGUUUUUGCUCCGACGGACGAGGCUUUCACAAACUUGGCGAAUACGCUCGUACCGGACGCAAAUUUAGAAGCGUCUGACAAGGAUGCUGUAGUCGAAGCCCUCGUGACCGCGAUCGCACCACUAGCUGACGUCGAAGCCGCUGGGGGCGCCACAAUUGAGUCUAUUCUUCUGUACCAUGCACUGGGUAUGGCCGCUCCGCUCGGGAAACUGGAAGAGAUGAAAACGGCCAAAACUCUACAGGGCGGCGUGCUUUCUUUCAACAGUGGCUCUGUGACGGACGACGAUCCUUCGCGUGAGGAUGCCGUGGUCGAUCCGCGCAACAUCUUUACGCAGAACGGAUGGGUGCAUGUCAUCGACUCGGUGCUGCUUCCGUUCGACCUUGGCGCCGUCGUGAAUCCUUCCGAGCCGGAAAUGCCGGAGGAGGGGCAGCCCAUCGAUAUCUCGGAGGCCGAGGAUGUGCCGGACGCGACAAUUCCAGACCCGCGCCCGACCAUUUUAGGACUUGUGCAAUCGGACCCGGAACAGUUUGGUAUUCUUGGUCGUGCCGUCGGCACCGUGGACUCGCUUGUCGAGGUGCUGGGUAACCCUGGGAGCAGGCUGACUGUUUUUGCUCCGACGGACGAGGCUUUCACGAACUUAGCGAAUACGCUCGCACCGGACGCAAAUUUAGAAGCGUCUGACAAGGAUGCUGUAGUCGAAGCCCUCGUGACCGCGAUCGCACCACUAGCUGACGUCGAAGCCGCUGGGGGCGCCACAAUUGAGUCUAUUCUUCUGUACCAUACUCUCGGCGAGGCUUCCCCAAUUCAAGAGCUUGAGAAGAGCGACACCCUUACCACUCUACAAGGAGACAGCAUCUCAGUCGCUGAUGGAAAGGUUACUGACGGCGAUGACUCCAGGGAUGAUGCGGCGAUCUCAACCCCAAACAUAUUCUUGCAAAACGGUUGGGUGCAUGUCGUCGACUCUGUUCUUCUCCCGUUCAACUUGGGCAAUUUGGCAUCAGCCGCAUCACCGAGCAUAUCUCCGGAAGCCGAAGCCUCGCCGAAUAUAUCUCCGGAAGCCGAAGCUUCGCCCGAUGAAGACGAUGACGAUGACGGCGUUUGCUUCCCCGAAUCUGCGACGAUUCGCCUUGCGGACGGUUCCUCUGUACCGAUGCACCUGCUUGAAGCUGGUACCGAAAUCCACGUCGGUCGUGAGGGCAAGACGUCUCGCAUCUUUGCCUUCACUCACAAGAACAGGGUCCGCAGAACGCUGUUUUACGCUCUGACGACAGCCUCCGGACACAGCGUGACGCUGACGGGGAGCCAUUACUUGUAUGCCAACGGCAAGCUGACCGCGGCUGGUGCCGUACAGAUCGGUGACAUGCUUGACACUAGGGCCGGCAACUCGCAAGUCGUGAGAGUCGGUCGCGUGCAUGGCAAGGGUCUGUUCGCGCCACACACCUUGCACGGGGACUUGGAAGUGGACGGGGUGGUGGUGUCCGGGUACUCGAGGGCUUUGAAUCCGACCAUUGCGCACGGGUUGCUCGCACCCGUGCGACUGCUGACGAAGUAUGCGGGAGUUGUCGAGCCGCUCGGGUCCUUGUUCUAUGAUGGGGCAGAUAGGAUUGCGAGCUACUUGCCCAAGGGUUCUCGUCGUUAUGAGUAACUUGUUGGCAUGUCUCUACUGUCAUGUUGCAAGUUGCACUUGGGCUAAAGAAUGUUGAUGUGUAUCGAGGAUGCUCUCAUGACGACGGCCUCUGCUGAUGAUACACUCUGUGCAUGGCACAGUGUUAUGCCAAGUGUGAUCAAGUACAGCAGUAACAGCGACUGAUGAACUGUAUGUAGACUGACUUCGGCUGAACUAUCUUUGUUAUGUUUUUGUAUUGUUGCUCUGCGCAAUCUAUUGUCCUACAGUAUUUGAUCUUGACGAAUGAGCUGUUCUAUGUAAGAUUGUCAUGGUGCUGAACUCCACUGUGAGACGUAGGCACCAGCUCUCUCUUUAGUAUAAAACCGUCUCCGACUGCGAUGGCGAAUAAAAAAGGAAGGCAGCCUUGCCACCCGAUAUCGUUGU